AUGGUAUUAAAGAAUGCAAACACAUCUGCUCCUGGCCAUCCGGGGCCCCACCCCGCCCAUCCCCCUGCACGACCCCGCCCCCUGCACGACUCCGCCCUGUUUCCCUCCCCUCCCCGCCCCACCCUGCCCCCUGCAAAGCCCGGCCCCUUUCGCCAUUGUCUGUCGACACCAAAAGGCUUUCUCCCAGCGAGGAUCCCACAAAGGUCCCAGGUGUGGCUCGGAGAGUUAGUUCAGCCUCGGCAGCUGGGGACGGAGGGCAACCUUGCACAUCCAUGUACAUCACAAGACUCAGUGGCUGUUGAGGAUGUGGCUGUGGACUUUACACAGGAAGAGUGGGCAUUGCUGGAUCUUUCUCAGAGGCAACUCUACAGUGAUGUGAUGAUGGAAAUCUUCAGAAGCCUGGCCUCAGUAGCUUCUCGAAACCUUAUUGACGGAGAAAAGCUAUCCACUGAAAAUAUAAUAGUACGAUUCAUGAAAAAUGACACCUGGUCCUUGAUGGUAGGAGAAAUCUGCAAAUUGCAUGGCAUUGAAGAUCAGAAUAACAACCAGAAAACACAUGUGAGAAGACAUAUGUUAGAGAACCUCUGUGAAAGUAAUGAAGACAAUCACUGUGGACAGACCUUCAGCCAGAUUUCAAAUCUUUCCAUGCUAAAAAGAACUCUUAUGGAAGCAUAUCCUUCUGAAUGCCUUGAGUGUGGAAAAUCCUUGAUGAAUCAUUCAUCACUUAAGCAUCAUAUCAAAUCUUACUCUGGAUUCAGCGCCUAUCACUGUAAGGAAUGUGGAGAAGCCUGCAGUUGUCCCUCUUACCUCAGCACUGCUGUGGGAACUCUUACUGGCAAGAAAUCCUAUGAAUGUAAGGAAUGCAGCAAAGGGUUUCAUCGUUCCUCAAAGCUCACUAUACAUAUGAGAAUUCACAGUGGAGAGAAGGUCUGUGUAUGUAAGGAAGGUAGGAAAGCCUUUUGUCACUUCUCAAACCUCACUGCACGUAUAAGAACUCAUAGUGGAGAGAGUCCUUAUGUAUGUAAGGAAUGUAGGAAAGCCUUUUGUGACUCCUCAGACCUCACUGCACAUAUAAGAACUCACAGUGGUGAGAGGCCUUAUGAAUGUAAGGUAUGUGGCAAAGCCUUCAGUCAGUCCUCUUCCCUCGCUUCACAUGUAAGAACUCACAGUGGUGAGAGGCCUUAUGACUGUAAGGAAUGUGGCAAAGCCUUUAGUGAAUCCUCUUCCCUCACUAAACAUAUAAGAACUCACAGUGGUGAGAGGCCUUAUGAAUGUAAGGAAUGUGGCAAAGCCUUUAGGGAGUCCUCAAACCUCAUUAAACAUAUGAGAACUCACAGUGGUGAGAGGCCUUAUGAAUGUAAGGAAUGUGGUAAAGCCUUUAGUCAAUCCUCUUCCCUCACUUCACAUAUAAGAACUCACAGUGGUGAGAAGCCUUAUGAAUGUAAGGAAUGUGGCAAAGCCUUUAGUCAGUCCUCUUCCCUCACUUCNCAUAUAAGAACUCACAGUGGUGAGAAGCCUUAUGAAUGUAAGGAAUGUGGUAAAGCCUUUAGUCGGUCCUCAUACCUCAAUUUACAUGUAAGAACUCACAGUGGUGAGCGACCUUAUGAAUGUAAGGAAUGCAGCAAAGCCUUUUGUCAGUUCUCACAUCUCACUAGACAUAUAAAAAUUCACAGUGGAGAGAGGCCUUCAGUAAGGAAUGUGGGAAAGCCUUUAGUUAUUCCUCAUCCCUCACUGAAUACAUAAGAAAUCACCCUGGAGAGAAACAUUUUGAAUAUGUGGAAUGUGGGAAAUCUUGUGAUUCCUCAAGCCUCAAUAAUCAUAUAAAAAUUCAUGGCUUAAAGAGAUGCUUUAUAAAUGUAAGCAGUUUGUCCACGUAAAUGAAUUAUGAAGAAACAACUGAUGGUUAAUUGCAGACAUUCACGCCAUCCUUUAAGUUCCUACAAAUAAGGUCAGUUUCCUACCAGAACGACCUAGAUCUUCAUUGCCCUCACAACAAAUGAAACUUUCUUCAGUUGUCCAUAAAUUAUCUAUUAUGACUGUUGGGUUUUUUGAAGUUAGGAUCCAAACCAUAUUUCCACACUACCUUUUUAUUUCUAGGUCUGUUUAAUCUGUCUUACAGAGAACAUUCUCCGGCUUGUCUUGUAAAACGUUAAAAUGUUCAACAUUGUGAUACAGUCCAAUCUGUGACAGCCGGAACCUGUGCAAGUCAGAAACCUGCCAGAGAAGAAAAACUCACUAGGUGUUCAUGAUGUAGGAUUCUUAAUAGAGACCAAAAGGAAAAUGGUAACCACGCAAAGGUGGAAAACAUGCAAGACCUGGUAACACAAGGCACUCCCAUCCCCUUCUGGCUCUCACAGGUUUUACUGUAUUUGUUUUAUUAUUUUGUUUAGUUUGUCUCCUGUAUUUUUUGUAACACAGACAUUGAGUCUUGCACAGUUCUAAUGGAAAUGUAAUGCACGUCAAAGAUGUAAUUUAAAAUAUUUUAGCAGCUAUAUUAGACAUUUAAAAAUGUAAAUGUGAAAUUUUUAAUUAAGAAUCUUAUUUAACCCAAUAUGUCCAUUUCUUGUCAAGGUAAAAAUUAUAACUGAAAUUAAUCAAUAUGUAUUUAUGAGACAUUAUAUAUUUCCUUUUUUUGUACUCCAUCUUCCAGAAUCCAGCAGCAGCACAUUUCAUAAAUUUUAUUGUUGAAAGGUAGAUUCACAAUUCCAGGUUGCUCCAGCAUACUUUUCUAAUAAUUGAAUCAAGUUUAUUAUUUAAAUUAAUAAAAAUUAAAGUUUAUUCAGUUUCUUAGUCUCACCAACCACAUAGAUUGUUGAUACAACCUUAUUAGUGUUUCAGUGAAAAAGAAUUCCUGGAUCACUUUGUACUUUCCUGUUCCAGAUCUGGAAUCAACCCUUUUCCCCAAACCUCUGGUUCCUUUUAAAAACCAAGAUGUGUGCAGUACAUGGGCUCGGUGAUAAACCAAAACAUUGAGUGAGUUUUGUCUCAGCCUUUCAGUGAGCAUGUAAAAUACAUAAUUUCUUACAUCAUAAAUUCAUACUCUUAUUCCUAAUAACAAAUUUAAGGUUUUAUAUAUCUAUACUUGUACAAAUAAAUAUGUAAAUGUAUAAACUAUAUAUACAAGGAAUGGUGCCGGACAAUGUUAAAUAUGCAAAGUUGUGCUGGACAGUGUUAAAUAGGGAAACGACUUUAUUCAGCCUGUUGCAAUAGGAAAGAGAUCUCAGCAUAAGUCUGAGUUCAACUCCAAAGGGUAAGGUGAGGCAAGAGGUUUUUUUAUGAGUUCUGGGUGUCACGGGGCACUGGAAACUUACUGAUUUGAAGUUGGCAAGCAAAAAUAUGGUAGGAAGAUGGGUUUUAAGCAAGAAUUCUAAUGGUUUUCGGAAAUGUUUGCUUACAGCUGAUUUAGGCUGAAGCAAGGAACAUUCAUGGGAUAAAAGUAAAUGGGCAAAUGUCACUUUCUGUUAUAUUUGCAUCUUUUUCUGUUAAUAAAAACCUGGG